AUGGAAAAACAAACAAAAAGUGGCAUUAUUUAUGGCGAUCAAAACUUUUUCGUGCCGUCGCAUUUGAAUUUCGGUGCGUAUGUUCUGCAAAAACUUCUAACCCAUAAACGGGACCAAGCCGCUUUGAUAAAUGGAGCAACAGAAGAACAGAUCACGUUUGGAGAAAUAGCACAAAAGAUAGUAAAUAUAGCAUCGUCUCUUUCGCGGCUCGGUGUCAAGCAAGGCGAUGUGGUCGCUAUAUUUAGUGAAAACAGAAUUGAAUACGUAUUAACUGCAUUAGCGGUUUACUAUUCUGGAGCAAUCAUUACGUUUUUUAACAAUGCAUAUACGAAAGGUGAUUUAACACACGCCCUUAGUAUUUCAAAACCAAAGUAUAUGUUUCUCUCUGGAGAAUUAUAUAAAACGCAAUACGAAGUCAUUGAAAAUACAAAAUAUAUUCAAAAAUACGUUUUAUAUGAUGAUGUAGAUAUGCGAAGUAACUGUCUUCAUUACAAAGAACUUUCAGAGAAACAUGUAGAUAUUAAAUCAGGCAACUAUUUUGAUUUUAAAGGGACGCCACAAACAUGCAUGAUUCUUUAUUCUUCGGGGACGACAGGUCUUGCGAAGGGAGCAAAAAUAAAUCAUCUCAACUUAAUUGUAUCAAGCCAACAACCUAUGAUGACGGAUAGAGAUUUGACUCCCCUAAUGAUAGCGCCGUGGUCGAGCACAAUGGGGAUAAUUCGCAUCCUUAAGGAAAUCGCUUUUGGAAGAACUACCGUGUUCUUGCCAAAAUACAAUGAAAUACUAUAUUUAAAAACGAUUCAAAAAUACAAGAUCGGCUUACUCUCUGUAGCACCGCCAUUGAUUGUAAUGUUAUAUAAAUCAAAUAUUGUAAAGGACUUUGAUAUAAGUUCUGUUAAGAUAGUUUAUUCUGGUGGUGCACCCAUUACUCCAGAAAGUAUCCAUCAACUUAAAACAAGGUUUCCCCAUAUGAACGUUUUACAAGGCUACGGGAUGACAGAAGCAACCGGUGCUGUAACCGAAGAUUUAGACAACUCGCCGAGAGAGGGCAGCGUGGGUAGAAUCGUACCAGGAAACAUUAUUAAAAUUUCCGAUCCAAACACUAACAAAACACUAGGAUGUGGCGAACCAGGAGAAGUCCGCAUUAAGGGCUUAGUUCUUUUUGAAGGUUACGUGGGAAGGGAUAUGCAAAACGAUUACGAUGCUGAAGGGUUCUACAAAACUGGCGAUAUCGCGUAUUAUGAUGAAGACGGCUAUUUCUACAUUGUUGAUAGAAUAAAAGAGCUUAUUAAAUAUAAAGGAUGGCAAGUAACGCCGUCGGAGCUAGAGGCGGUCAUACUUCAACACCCAGCUGUUAAAGAUGCCGGAGUGACGGGGGCGCCAGAUACGUUGGCAGGGGAACUGCCUACGGCGUUUGUUGUGAAGCAAGCUAACGCUAAAGUUACCGAACAAGAAAUUAUUGACUACGUUUCUGAUAAGGUAGCACCGUGGAAAAGACUACGAGGUGGCGUUAUAUUUCUUAAAGAGAUACCAAAAACUGCCAGCGGCAAAAUUUUAAGGCGAGAGCUGCAAGCGCUCCUGUCAAAACAAAGGCCACAAAAGCUACCCGCCAGCAAAUUGUGAUCGCUGUGCGGAGUUUUAGUAUUGAAUUAUAAAUUAAUAAUUCACCAAUUUUUUCCCGUUUCAAAUUUCGCUUGGAAACGAAAUAUUAAAUCAACUGUUCA